AUGUUUCUUGUAUUCUUCUCUUUAACUCCUCGUAGUACUUUUUUUUAUUUCCGUCGGAAGCUUAAUCCUCCUGCCCCUCUCUCUAUCUCACUUCCUCCCUUUCUAUCUCUCUCACUCUUUCUCUCAAUCCUAUUUUCUCCUAACAUGAUUAUCUUAGCGCUUCCCCUUCCCGCUUUUCUUUCCUUUCUUGCAACUUCAAAGCAAUUUUCUUCUAUUCUUUCUUCCGAGUUCUUGCUUAUAAAUUCCUUCCCUCACUCAGCUACUUUCUAUCUCUCUUUCUUUCAAUUUUCUCACUUUUUUUCUUUCACGUUUCUUUCUUUCUUUCAAUUUUCUCUCCAUUUCUUUCUUUGUACUUUCUAUUUUUUUAUCGUCUUUCUUUCUGUGUACUUUCUUUCUUUCUCUCAUCAUUUCAAUUUAGUCUCGUUUUUCUUUCACAUUUCUUUCUUUUUUUCAAUCACGCCUCUCUCUCUCUCUCUCUCUCUCUCUCCCUUUUCUUUCUUUUUUAAAAACUUCUCUCUCUCGUUAUCUAUCUAUCUAUCUAUCUAUCUAUCUAUCUAUCUAUCUAUCUAUAUGAGGGCCCUUUUUUCUUUUUGGAACCAAACAGGUUCUUUUCACAGAAUGCACUUAUUUGAACCCGACGAUUAUAAUCCUUUCCAAUCGUCUCAACCUACUUGUCAAGAGGAGUCAGGGCAUCACUACAGUGAAAAUAAAAUGGAAAUUGGGGUAUCCUUUCCUCUCCCAUCAUCCACUGCGAACUUCCGUGCCGGAAGCCGGCUACAAUCUGUGUCGAAGGGGGAUCAGCCGGAUCUCUGGACAAUAUGGACGAAUAUCAAGCCACAACAAAGACUGGAAACGAUUUCGGGCCCGCGGCAGGCAUUGCUGCGAAAACAUGGUCAUUCUUUGAUUGCAGCGAUCAGAAGACAGGUCCGACCUCGGUGCGUUGAUUCGCUGAGCACUUAUCUUCUUUCUUGUUCUUUCCCUCGGCCCUACUUUCGUUCGCUGACAACGCAUUUUAAAAGCAUGUCAUUUGUUUGCCAAACCACAAUAUUUUUUCUUUCUUUCUUUUUUUUUCUUUCUUUCUUUCUUUUUUCUUUCUUUCUUUCUUUCUUUCUUUCUUUCUUUCUUUCUUUCUUUCUUUGCAUUUUCCUUUGUUACUUUCUUUCUUUUUCCAACCAAACCACACAUGAUACUUUCUUUUUUCUUUAUUUCUUCAACCAAAUCACAUACCUUUCUUUCUUUCUUUCUUUCUUUCUUUAUUUAUUUAUUUAUUUAUUUAUUUAUUUAUUUUCGUUCUUUCUUUCUUUCUUUUGUCAACCAAAUAUCUUGUUCUUCAUACUUUCUUUCUUUCUUUCUUUAUUUCUUUCUUUAUUUAUUUAUUUUCUUCUUUCUUUCUUUAUUUAUUUAUUUCUUUUGUCAACCAUAUAUCUUGUUCUUCUUUCUUUCUUUCUUUCUUUCUUUCUUUCUUUCUUUUCUUGUUCUUCUUCUUACUUUCUUUCUUUUUUUAUUUCCUUCUUUCUUUCUUUCUUUCUUUCUUUUGUCAACCAAAUAGCUUGUUUUUCUUCUUACUUUCUUUCUUUCUUUCUUUCUGUCUUUCUUUCUUUAUUUAUUUAUUUAUUUAUUUGUUUCUUUUGUCAACCGAAUAUCUUAUUCUUUCUUUCUUUCUUUUGUCAACCAAAUAUCUUGUUCUUCUUCUUUCUUUCUUUAUUUAUUUAUUUAUUUUGUCAACCGAAUAUCUCGUUCUUUUUUCUUUCUUUCUUUCUUUCUUUCUUUUGUCGACCAAAUAUCUUGUUCUUCUUCUUACUUUCUUUCUUUCUUUUUUCUUUCUUUCUUUUGUCGACCAAAUAUCUUGUUCUUCUUCUUACUUUCUUUCUUUAUUUCCUUCUUUCUUUCUUUCUUUUGUUGACCAAAUAUCUUGUUCUUCUUCUUUGUUUUCUUUCUUUUAUUUAUUUCCUUUUUUUUUCUUUAAAUAUCUUUUCUUUUCUUGACCAAAUCUUUAUUUAUUUCCUUCUUUCUUUCUUUCUUUUGUUGACCAAAUAUCUUGUUCUUCUUCUUACUUUCUUUCUUUAUUUAUUUCCUUCUUUCUUUCUUUCUUUUAUUGACCAAAUAUCUUGUUCUUCUUCUUACUUUCUUUCUUUAUUUAUUUCCUUCUUUCUUUUACCAAAUAUCUUUUCUUCUUUCUUUCUUUCUUUUUUGUUGACCAAAUAUUUGUUUUUGUUGACCAAAUAUCUUGUUCUUCUUCUUACUUUCUUUCUUUAUUUUUCGUGUUUUUUCUGCUUCUUAAUUGUAUUCUUCUCGCUCUCUUCACCGUCAGCUGAUCGCCUUUCUUUCGUUGUCUUUUUUUCGUUUUUCUUUCUUUUUCUUUCUUUCUUUUUCUCUUUCUUUAUUCCUUUCCUUUUUCUUUCUUUUUUUCUUUUUCUCGCUUUCUUUCUUUUUCUUUCUUUUACUCUCUCUCUCUCUUCCAUUCUUUCUUUUAUACUACUUCUUCAUAUCUACAAUUACUCUUUCUUUCUAUCUUUUCUUUCAUUAUUCUUUCUUUUUCUGUUCUUAUUAUUCAUAACCUUAUACUACAUUUCUUCUUUUUCUUCUUCUUCUUCUUCUUCUUCUUCUUCUUAUUAUUAUUAUUAUUAUUAUUAG